AAGUGAUGAAAAAUCUUGUCCGACACAUCUCAUUUUGAAUUGUGCUGAUGCAGUUUCCGUAUUAGAAUACUGCAACGAUCACAAGAGAAAAGUAUGGAAAAAUAUUUGCUAUUCGCUCUUGCGCUAACCAUCAGCCUCUUUCAGGUUGGACGUUGCGGUGUCGUCAAGCAAUGGGGAAAAAGAGCAGCACCAGACGGAAUAGUUAUUUCGGAGCAACACAAGGUAUUUACCUGCUCAGGAGGUGACGGCUACUACGCAUCCCCUGGCCAAUGCACAAAUGUGUACUACUAUUGCGAAAACGGCCUUGCCGAAGCUCAGACAUGUCCAGAAGGCGAAGUAUUCGACCUGGUCACUUUCGUUUGCACUACUUCUAGUCAAGCUUCAUGCAAUCAAAAAUUCGACUGCCCUUCAGACGGUAUAUUUCCAUAUCCUGAUGCCUGUACCAACGUGUAUUACGUCUGCAGUGGUGGACAGUUAUAUGUUGAGUAUUGCCCCGAAAACUUUGUUUUCGACCCGAUACUUCUGAAGUGCGUUCCAAAAGAAAGCGCAUCUUGUUGGCCCAUCACCACAGACUUACCCACAACCGUAACUGUGGAAGUAACGACUGAAACUGAGGCACCAAUGACUGACACUGAGGCACCAACGACUGACACUGAGGCACCAACGACUGACACUGAGGCACCAACGACUGACACUGAGGCACCAACGACUGACACUGAGGCACCAACGGUUGAAAUCGAGGCAUCAACGACUAUACUAAAGGCGCCAAUGUUGAAGGCAUAUAAGAUGUGGAUGUCGACCGAAUUUACUUGCCCAAGUGAUCAACAUGGGCUUUACGCGACUACCUGUACCACAUACUAUGAAUGUGUAGAUGGUGUUCCGUAUCUACGCAACUGUCCCAAAUGCACCGGCAUUCGCUUGUAUGAAACUUUACCGAUGUGCGCCUACCUUUACGACAACGAUCCUUGUUAUUCUGGGAACACCUGCAACUAGCUUUGCGAGUAUGCUAGCCAAGGUAGAGGGCAGCCAUUCCCACAGAAUGGGAACUCCGCAGAGAUAGCAUAGUUGCAAUUGCGAAAAAACAUGUAUCUUAAUUUGAUUUUAUAUUACACUGGCAAAAAUGCCAAAGUAUCCUGUU